AUGCAACUUGUUGAACAGGGCAACUUGCGAACUUAUAUUCGAGAAAAUUAUAACAAGUUUACUUGGAUAAAAAGGAUCGAAAUCCUACUUGAUAUUGCCAGAGGGCUUCAUUCUAUUCAUCAAGCCGGCUUGUGUCACAAGAAUAUUCAUACGGGAAACUUGUUAUAUGAUAAUGGUUCUGUGUUAAUAAGUGAUUUAGGCCUUCUUGGAUCUGCUAAUAAGUUAUGCGAAUAUAACGAAGCAAUUGGUGUUAUUCAAUACAUGGCGCCUGAAAUAUUACGUGGAAAACCAUAUACUAAAUCCGUUGAUGUCUAUGGUUUUGCUAUUGUUAUGUCAGAAAUCGCUUCAGGACGCCCGCCGUUCAUUGACACCCCACGUGACAAACACGCGGACUUAGUAUAUGAUAUAUGUGAUGGUUACAGACCACGUAUUAAGAUUGAAACACCAAAAUGCUUUGAAACGUUGAUGUUACAAUGCUGGGAUAAUGACGAAUUUAAUCGUCCUAAUACCCGACAAUUGGUUGAUAAUUUGUCCGAGUGGUAUAAUGAAAUUUGCAAUAAUACCCAUUCGGAAAUUUGUUUGCAAUUUAUGACUGCCGAUGAACGGAAACAUUUGCAAUUAAACCUUCCUUUAUAUAAAUAUGACAUAUAUAAAAGUCAGCGAGUAAGAACAACAGAUCUUGGUGACGAUGAUGGUAUAAAAUUUUCUGGAAAUGACUACAAUGGUUAUGGGAAUGAUUUCCCCUCAUUAAUUGCUCGUGAAUCCAAUAGCAGUUUAGAAGAUGAAGAAGAUUUAGAGGAGUAUGAAUAUGUUUCAAUGCAAAGGGAUGACCUUCUCUCGUGGCUAGAAAAUGUUGAAGAUGGAAUGCCCAAUUUUACUCGAUUGUAA